GCGGUGGCCAGUUUUUUCUCAAGGCCAUGGCCUGCAUGUUCGGACUCGGGGCUGGCUGCCGACGCCUUCCUGGGGCGGAUGGUGCCGCCACGCGCCUCGCCCCCGCCAAGGCCCGCGGCGCAGAGGCCUCGGGGCCGGCCUGGGCCCGAGCCCGCGCCGUCAGGAGCGCGCCCGCCGCGCGCCGCGGUCGCGGCCCUGGCGCCGGCGCCGAGGGCUCGCCGCUCUUCUUCGACCGCGUGAUGGUGUCGGAUCCGGCCCUGGGCCGAGUUGGCGGUGCCCGAACGGCUUCCGGGUCGUCGGCGGCCUCCGCCGAGAGCACGCCCAGCGCGCGCGGCCGCGGCGCCGAGGGGCGCUGCUCCCCGGAGGGCCCGCCGGAUGUGCCGCGCGGCGCCUGGAAGGCGGUGCAGGUCGCCAUCAGCGACCUGCUGAGCAGCUACGCGCUCGACGACUCGGCGUGCUCCGGCUCCGGCUCGCUGUUCGUCUACGUCGCCAUGGAUGGGCGGUCCCCGCAGGGCGUCCGCGUGUUGGACGGCUACGGGAUGCCCUGUGUCCCCGAGGAUGGGCCGCUGGCCUGGUGCACGCGAGAGAGCAUCCAGUCCGAGAAGGACUGCUGGACAGAGUCCAUCAAGAUCGUGCACCUGCUGGCCCCGCGGGAGAUGACCUCCUUCGAACCAGGUGGCCCGCAGCGCCGAGGGAGGCUCAGCGGGACGUCGCUGCUCGGCCACGCGACGGCGUCGUUGUUGCAGCGAAAGGUUGCUUGCGUCGGGCAGAGGCGCGUCAGCCCCGUCGGCCUGGUCGAGGACGGUGCGUGA